UUUCGCUCCGGCAGAAAAGAGACGCGCUCGAAGACGUCAGAACUUGAGAGGGGCCACUAGCGCUCGCCACCGACACUCAUUUGCAACAUUUCGGGACCAUAACCGAGUCCAUAAUGUUGUAUAAUGGGCCGAUCAACCAUGCUGAAGGUCCGAGUGUCACAUUUAAGCACCCAAACAACGUUGUGAGAUUGGUGCGGUAUCGUCGAAGCUCGAGAUGGCAUUUCCAGAUGAUUCUGGUGAUAGCGUGGCACAGAACAAAGCACAGCGGUGAUGAGCGUGGAGAAAGCUGCAUUGCGAUCUCGAGCAGAGUUGGCUGCAAAAACGUGUUGCGGCUGAUGAAGUUCUCAGGCUGGAGCGGCGACCAGAAAAGAGAGCAUUUUUGAGAUUACGUUGUGGUUGAAGGUGUUCUAAUCCAUGGUGUUUAUUAUGCAACAGUUUAAGAGUAAACGGGUAAGGUAUAAGUUUCAGAGAACGUGGGGGC